UGGUUUCAAUGAAAUAGCUAGAAGCGUUCUCUAUCCCAUCAUCUAAUCUAACAGCAGAAGAAAAUCCCAAAAGGAGAAGAUGACGGAGGAAGUUAAGUUGACCGUGUUAGCGAGCCUGUUCACAUGGAUCCAGAGGAUCCGGCCAUCAGCGAGGAAGCGUUCCAAGUUUCGAAAAUUCCUCGACACCUUUUGCAAGCCUUCCGAUUAUUUCAGCGCCAUGAGGCUCAUUCUUCCCUCUCUCGACCGUGAGCGUGGCACUUACGGUCUCAAGGAGUCUGUGCUCGCCCUCUGCCUUAUCGACGCUCUCGGCAUGGCCAGGGACUCUCCCGACGCUCUGCGUCUUAUCAAUUGGCGCAAGGGUGGCGCCAACACCGGCGCCAAUGCCGGAAACUUCGCUCUUGUUGCUUCUGAGGUUCUGCAGCGUAGGCAAGGCACGGCUUCCGGGGGACUUACCAUCAAGGAAUUGAAUGACUUGCUUGAUCGAUUAGCUUCUGCUGAAAACAGGGCCGAGAAGACUGCGAUUCUUUCUACUUUGAUUAAUAAGACAAAUGCACAGGAAAUGAAGUGGGUUAUCAUGAUUAUACUAAAAGAUCUCAAGUUGGGAAUUAGUGAGAAGAGCAUAUUUCAAGAAUUUCAUCCAGAUGCCGAAGACUUGUUCAAUGUCACCUGUGACCUAAAAUUGGUUUGUGAAAAGUUAAGGGACCGUAGCCAACGUCAUAAGCGUCAGGACAUUGAAGUUGGAAAAGCUGUACGCCCACAACUAGCUAUGAGAGUUCGUGAUCCAGUUGCUGCAUGGAAAAAGCUUCAUGGUAAGGAAGUUGUUGUUGAGUGUAAAUUUGAUGGUGAUCGCAUCCAAAUCCACAAAAAUGGAAUAGAAAUACGUUACUACUCCAGGAAUUUUCUUGAUCAUUAUGAAUAUGGCCACGGGAUGUCUAAUGUUAUUGCACAAAAUAUUUUGGUUGAUAGGUGUAUACUUGAUGGAGAAAUGUUAGUUUGGGAUUCGACUUCAAAUCGGUUUGCUGAGUUCGGGUCAAAUCAGGAAAUAGCCAAGGCAGCAAAAGAUGGCCUUGAUAGUGACAGACAGUUAUGCUAUGUUGCAUUUGAUGUUCUUUAUGUUGGAGAUACUAGUGUUAUUCACCAAAGCUUGAAGGAACGGCAUGAACUUCUUAAAAAAGUUGUGAAGCCUUUGAAGGGUCGUUUAGAGAUUUUAGUGCCUAAUGGUGGUCUCAACUCACAUUGUCCUCCUGGGGAACCUUGUUGGUCAUCUCUUGCUCAUAGUGUGAAUGAUGUUGAGAGAUUUUUCAAGGAAACAAUUGAAAAUAGGGAUGAAGGAAUUGUAAUAAAAGACCUUAGUUCCAAGUGGGAACCAAGUGAUAGAAGUGGGAAGUGGUUGAAGUUGAAGCCUGAUUACAUUCGUGCUGGUUCUGACUUGGAUGUUCUAGUUAUUGGAGGCUAUUAUGGCUCAGGACGUCGAGGUGGAGAGGUAGCUCAAUUCUUAGUAGGCCUAGCUGAUCGUCAGGACCCCAAUGCUUAUCCUAGACGAUUUUUAUCUUUCUGCAGAGUUGGUACUGGGCUGACUGAUGAUGAAUUGGAAACUGUUGCAAAGAAAUUGAAGCCUUAUUUUAGGAAAUAUGAAUACCCAAAGAAGAUGCAACCAAGUUUUUAUCAAGUUACAAACCAUUCGAAAGAGAGACCUGAUGUUUGGAUUGAAAGCCCAGAGAAAUCAAUCAUUCUUUCCAUCACCAGUGAUAUCAGGACUAUACAGUCUGAGGUAUUUGCUGCACCAUACAGCCUGAGAUUUCCACGUAUUGAUAGAGUGAGAUAUGACAAGCCUUGGCAUGAGUGCCUUGACGUGCAGUCAUUUGUAGAACUGGUGCAUUCAAGUAAUGGUACCACUCAGAAAGAGACGGAACGGGAAAACCAGCAUGAUAGUAAAACAAAGCACAAGGAACGCCCAAGGAAGGCAGAGAAAACGAAGGUCUCCAUUGUCCCUUCUCAUUUUAUUCGGACCGACACAUCCCGCGUGAAGGGAGAAUCCUUAGUAUUUUCGAAUCAUAUGUUUUACUUUGUUAAUGUGCCUCCAACACAUUCUCUUGAUUCACUUCACAAAAUGAUUGUGGAGCUUGGGGGAAAGUUCUCAAUGAAUUUGAAUAAUUCAGUUACCCAUUGUGUUGCAGCUGAAAGCAAAGGGAUCAAGUAUAAGGCAGCAAAGCGGCAUGGGGAAAUUAUUCAUUACUCUUGGGUCUUGGAUUGUUGCUCUCAGAAGAAACUCAUACCUUUGCAGCCAAAGUACUUCCUUUUUCUUUCCGAAUCAUCAAGGAUGAAAUUACAGCAAGAAGUUGAUGAAUACUCUGAUCCUUACUAUUGGGACCUUGAUCUUGCAGAUCUCAAACAGCUCUUAAACAAUAUCCAAAGGUCUGAGAACUCCAAGACAAUUGACUAUUACAGGGGGAAGUACUGUCCAAAUGAUAAAUGGUCUCUGUUUCAUAGCUGCUCUGUUUACUUCUACUGUUCACCUCAGUUUUUGAAAGAUGAUUGGCAAGUCUUGUUGAAACUAGCAAUGAGGAGAUUAAAGCAUGAAGUUUUAAUGGGCGGUGGCAAAAUAAGUGAGAAUCUCAACCACGCUACCCAUGUUGUAGUCCUCUCUAUACCAGGACUGGAUGUGGACAUUGAUUCUAUUAUUAAGAGUAGUUCUUUUGAAGAGAAAAAUCUUCUCUGGAAAAAGGGGCUCCAUGUUUUGGGAUCUCGGUGGUUGGAAAAUUGCUUAGAGCAUCGAAAGAAGUUGCAAGAAGACCAAUAUAGCUUGAAACCCUUUGAUUUUGAAGAAACAAACUUCCUUGAACGCAAAUCGGACCGAGAUCCGAGCAAGACCAUGCCAGAGGUUACAUCUGCUUCUCAUGAAUGUAAAAAAGAAGAGAGCGCAGCCAAAGAUCACUUGGAAAAAUCAAUUUCAUUGGUUACGCCUGAUUAUGGGAAAAGGAAGAGAAGACCUGCUAGCAAGAACACAAACAAAGGGAAAGCCGUUGUAAGCCGAGCUCCGAGAGUACCAAGACGUCGUGGAAAGAUGUCUGUUAAGAUUAAUGAAGACGGGUCUGAGGAAAGUGAUUCUGAUGACAAAACAAACGAGGGGAUAGAGAAGGAUGAAGAGAACACCGAACACAAUGGAACGGCCGGUGGGGAAGAUUUCGAGUUUCAUCAAAAUCAAGUAGCAGAAGAAAACGCAGGCAUAAAGUGGCCUGAUAAAGUUUCUGAUACUGUGAUGUCUGAAACAAAGGACGAUCGAGCAAGCAUAAAAUGGCCUGAUAAAGCUUCUGAUACUGUGAUGUAUGAAACAAAUAAUGACCAAGGCAGCAAGAGUGAUGACAAGUUCGACUACGUUGAACCGGAUGAAGGGAAUAUGCGCCAUGAGACUUCAAAGUCGGAAAAGGUAGUACUUAUGUCUGAUCCAGUUCAGGCCAUGUUACUGGACAUGAUCCCAAGCCUUGGAAUAAAGCAAGUUGAAACUACGAAUUCCGUUGUCGAGAACGAGAAACCACGUGCAGAUAAUGAUGCUAAGGUUUCCGUUGUGGAGGAUGAGAAGGGAGAUGCCGACAUUAUCGCACCGACACCAAAGAAGAAGAAAGUGAGUUACAAGGAUGUUGCCGGAGAAUUACUCAAGGAUUGGUAAAACAUUGUAUUUUGCGUGGCUUUUGUACAUUACCGUCUUAUGCAUUACAUAAAUCCCGAGACCAUACCUAGCAGUUGUGUUGUUCCAACC